AAACUCACUCCUAUUGCCAGUGUCCUCUCGUGCACUUUUGCUUCAGUCCCGGAAUGUCAAUCGUCGCAGUGCUAUAGUGUAUCUCUUACCAUACCCGUCCACUUCUAUCCGUCAUGGCAGAUGAAGCCGGCUCUCUCAAUUGGCGCCUGAGUGCGCACCCCAUCACCCUCCUCACAUACCUGGGCUUUCGAAUAGGCAGCCUUCUCAUGUACCUCUUCGGCGUCCUCUUCAUCCGGAACUUCGUCCUAGUCUUCAUCCUGACCCUGCUUCUCCUGUCCAUCGACUUCUACUACCUCAAGAACAUCGCUGGCCGGCGGCUUGUCGGGUUAAGAUGGUGGAACGAAGUCAACACCGCGACGGGCGACAGCCACUGGGUCUUCGAGUCCGCGCCCGAGGGAAGCCGCGCCGAAAACAAGACCGACAAGCGCUUCUUCUGGCUGAGCAUGUACGUCGUGCCGGCGCUAUGGGUAGGACUGGCUAUUCUAGCCAUUGUCAGGCUGCAGAAUCUGAUUUGGCUGGUUACAAUCGCCAUAGCACUGGGCCUCACAAUAACCAACACCGUAGCCUUUUCCCGGUGCGACAAGUUCAGUCAAGCAUCGAGUUUCGCGGGUUCGGCCUUCAUGGGCUCAGGCAUCGCGAGAAAUCUGGCGGGGAAUAUGAUGGGACGAUUUUUUAAGUAAAGAGGGUGCUAUCAGCAAAAGUGCGACCCAGCAUUAUAUGUGCUUUGCUGCGAGCCCAGUGUGGACACUCGCCGACCCUGUUCGAGUCCACGCGACGACAUCGCGGAGCUACACUGCUGCCUCCUGCGCCCCUGGAAUUGUUGAUUGGGAUGACUCGAGACCCUAUGCAUACCACAAGCAUGAAAGGCCCCCAAGUGGAACUCCCGUAUCAGGGGAACCUCUGUAUAAACAUCUUCAACGCUCAGCACUUUCUCAAGAACACCCAAUUCAGGAUGGAAUCUUCCGGACAUUUGUAUAGUAUAUGUGCGACUCAGAGCAGCUAUUCAACGAAUCCACAGAACAAGCAUUGAACUUCCCUAGGAACGUACUUGUAUAACGCGAGUCCGAUGAAGCAUCAAGGGCCCUCGUGCGUAUAGGGCCGGUGUCGUUGGGCUUUCAAGCAGUCAUGCGUUAUCGUGGGGGGAGCCUUGGACGCCGCUUCAGUUUACGCGGCGGUAAAAAAGCAAAAUCGACACGGGGAGACAGGCCUUUCGCCGUUCUUUUGUCUCAUGCGUUGUUCGUGAAGGAAGGUGAAAGGUCGCAAGGCUAUCAGAGCAGAGAAUAUAGAGGUAGCCCUUGUUAUAUGGCGGAGACGCCUACACUCGCCUCAGCUCGAAUGCACAAUUACAUGUCUAUCUUUCUAUAUCAA